UCUCACGUUGAUGUCCGCCAUUGUGAAUUCAUAGAGUGACCGGAUACCAACAGAGAACCAUUUUAAUGAUGUUACUGUCGUCAGCACUUCGGUGUGCGGUGUCUCAUGCGAGCAGGCAGCUGCGGAGCCUCCACGGAUCUGCUGUCCGCGCUGGAGCUGGAGGAAUUUUUCUGCACAGAGAUACACCAGAAAAUAAUCCCGAUACUCCGUUUGAGUUCACGUCUGAGAACCUGAAGCGAGUUGAAGCCAUAAUAAAAAACUACCCCGAGGGUCACAAGCGGGCUGCCUCCGUCCCUGUCCUGGACCUGGCUCAGAGGCAGCAUGGCUGGCUCCCCAUUUCAGCUGUGAACAAGAGAAGAGACGAGAGCACAUCUGUUGGAGACUGA